AUGGAUGGAUCAUCGGUGGAAUGGAUCGAUGGUAUGGAUGAGGAUUUAGAAAGGAAACAGACUCUGACCUUCAAGGCUACCUCUCAUUUUCAUUUGAACAUCGCCAACCCAGCCACUGGCUGCCAAAAGUUGAUCGAAAUCGAUGAUGAGCGCCGUCUUCGUGCCUUUUACGAUAAGCGUAUGGCCCAGGAGGUUCCCGGUGACUCUCUUGGUGAUGAAUUCAAGGGCUAUGUUUUCCGCAUCUCCGGUGGUAACGACAAGCAGGGUUUCCCCAUGAAGCAGGGUGUUUUGUUGCCCCACCGUGUUCGCUUGUUGUUGAGCAAGGGUCACUCUUGCUACCGUCCUCGCCGCACCGGUGAGCGCAAGAGAAAGUCCGUCCGUGGUUGCAUCGUCUCGUCCGAUCUUUCCGUCUUGUCCCUCGUCGUUGUUAAGCAGGGUGAACAGGACAUUCCCGGCUUGACCGAUACCACCGUUCCCAAGCGUCUCGGUCCCAAGCGUGCUUCCAAGAUCCGCAAGUUCUUCAACUUGACCAAGGACGACGAUGUUCGCAAGUACGUUAUCCGUCGCGAGAUCCAGCCCAAGAACGCCGACAAGAAGCCCUUCACCAAGGCUCCCAAGAUCCAGCGUCUUGUCACCCCCAUCACUCUCCAGCGCAAGAGACACAGAAUCGCUAUCAAGCGCAGACGCGCCGAAGCUUCCCGCGAAGCCGAAGCCGAAUACAAGCAGCUCUUGGCCAAGCGCGUCAAGGAAACCAAGGAACGCAAGUUGGAAAGACGUCGCACUUCCUCCAUGCAAAAGUCUGCCUCGGCUUAA